AACCUGCAGAAGAACCAGGCUCAGGGAGGGACAGCCAUCUGCCGCGAGGAAGACAGGAGUAGACAUGCUGUGGAAGGGAGCCACAGUUGUUAGUUAAUAAGAAUUAAUGAUUAAAUACAGAGUUGUGUACAACUACAUAUUGAGUAAAAAGGUGACUGAAGAAGAAACACUCAGUGUAUCAUGGGAAUCUCCAGCAGUCUAUUUCUUUUGCAGCAUAACUAAGGUAGGACCUUGUAUGUGAGGAGCAGGAUUUUGAAUUCAAUUCUGGAUUUAACAGGGAGCCAAUGAAGACAAGCCAGUAUAGCAGAAAUAUGCUCUCGCUCUCUGUCAGUACUCUUCCUGCAGCAUUUUGGAUCAACUGAAGGCUGAGAUAUUGCACAAAUGGAAGAAGUCAUUUGUUUGAUAUGCACAUUGAAGGAUAUAUCCUGGUCAAAAAUGACUCCAAGAUUCCUCACAGUGUUGCUGGAUGCCAAGGUAAUGCCAUCCAGAGUAAGCAUCUGAUUAGAUACCAUAUUUCUAAAACUUUCAGGGCCAAGUACAAAAACCUCCCUUUUAUCUGAAUUUAGAAGCAUUUAGCGGUAAUCCAGGUCUUUAUGUCUUUAAGACAUUUCUGUAAUUUAAUUAAUUGGUGUGUGUUAUCUGGCUUCAUGGGUAGAUAAAGUUGGGUGCCAUCUGUGUAGCAGUGAAAAUGUAUGCUAUGCCUUCUAAUGAUACUGACUGAGGGAAGUAGGCAUAAUGUAAACAAAAUUUGUCCUAGCACUGAACCCUGUGGAACUCCAUAAUUAACCUUAGUGUGUUAAGAGGACUCUACAUCUGCAUGAAUAAACUGGAUUCUCCAUAAUGACUUAAAGGUACUCCACUCCAUUUAAUAUCUACAGCAUGCUCUAAUCGCUGUUAUAAAGUAUUAUGGUCAAUGGUAUCAAACACUGCACUGAGGUCUAGCAGGACAAGCACAGAGAGGAGUCCACUGUCAGAGGCCAGUCGCUGUACUGUGAUGAGCUCUGAAACCUGACUGAAAAUCUUAAAAUAAACAAUUCCUCUACAGAUGAUCAGUUAGCUGUUCUACAACUACUCUUUCAAGAAUUUUUUAGAUAAAAAGAAGGUUUGUGAUUGGCCUACAAUUAGUUAAGACAGCUGAGUUAACCUGUCAGCCUGGCUACAGUGCUGAAAAGAAACAUCAACAUGAUUGUAAUGCAGUGGCAGGAACUUUCUGAGCAACAUUAUGAAGAACAGUGAGCCAAAAUUGAUCCACAAUACUGUGAGAGACUUCAAGUUGCCACAAAAUGUGGUUCCACAAACCACUAAAUCAAAUGGGAUACAAAUGGGAUACUACAUGCUGCUUUUGAAUUUUGGCUUUGUUCUUGUUCAGUUUUAAUAAAUAGGAAUUGUUCGGAGUCUGAAAUGUCAAAAAACAAUAUGCCAAUGAGACCUUUGACAGAAUCCUAGGAUGUAUCCAUUGGAUUGUAUGGCUCAAGCUGAUUUGAAAAAUUGUUUGUUGUUACAGUAUUAUUUUCAGGCUAAUUUGUGUAGGAGGGACUUCCUCCUCACUGACCAUUUUACAUAUUUUUGUUCGGCCUCAAAACAAGUCAGAAGAAUGCUGAUCAUGACUCAUUCUGUGUUCUCACCUUUCUCAGUUUUAUCUCUUGACGUGAUGGCUGUGUUUUUGGUGCUUCUUCUCUCCACGCUCCUCCUGUCUCUACACUCCACUCCUCUACGAGCCUCUCCUUCCUGCCCUGUGGGCUGUCGCUGCUACAGCCUCACUGUGGAGUGUGGCUCCACAGGACUGAGGGACAUCCCCAAAUACAUCCCUUUAACCAUACAGACCAUCUUUCUCCAGGACAAUGUGAUUGGUCAGAUCCGUCGACAGGACCUCACCAUGCUGAAGCACCUGCACUAUUUGUACCUGCAGAACAACACCAUCUCAGCCGUGGAGCCUGGCUCUUUCCAGAGCCUCGGUCAGUUAUUGGAGCUAGCACUGAAUGGAAACCGCAUCCAUUUGGUGACAGCUGACAUGUUUCAGGGACUCGAACAUCUACGCAUUCUGUACCUGGCACGAAACGACAUCACACGGCUGCUGGACUACACCUUUCGUGGCCUACCGCGUCUGCAGGAGCUCCACUUACAGCAUAAUAGUAUAGAGACGUUAGCCGACCAGGCUUUAGUUGGUUUGACUUCUCUGGCUCUGCUGGACCUGAGUAGGAAUAACCUCCACACAAUUGGCCCUGCAACACUGCGACCUCUAGUGAGCCUGCAGGUCCUGCGUAUCACAGAUAAUCCAUGGCGCUGUGACUGUGCGUUGCACUGGCUGAGGACCUGGAUUGAUGAAGAGGGUCAGCGUCUGCUUAGCUCUGCAGAACGUCGACUAGUUUGCAUCGAGCCACCACGCCUGUCCCAUCUGAGCUUGGUGGAGGUUCCUCUCAACAGCUUGGUCUGUAUCCCUCCCUUGGUGCAGCUGGAGCCCAAGAGGCUUGCAGUGCAUCUGGGAGAGAGCCUCAGGGUGUCGUGCCAUGCCACUGGUUAUCCUCGGCCACAGGUGACCUGGAGGAAAGCUUCCCAGGGUAAAGUAGUCCUUUCUCCCAGAGGCCUGGUUCAGGAGUUGGAUGCAGGUGGAGGUGGAAUGGGAGGAGCAGAGGAGCCCUCGCAGGAAGGCAGAGUCAGUCUCCAGAAGACUAAUGGCGAACUCUUUGACCCCGACACUGGCAGUGGCAUGUUGUUUCUCAGUAACGUAACUGUGGCUCAUGCAGGCUUCUAUGAAUGUGAAGCAUGGAACGCAGGAGGUGUGGCUAGAGUCACCUUUCAACUCGCCAUCAACUCAUCAACAUCCUCCUCAUCUUCUUCCUCCAUCUGGGCUUCAUGGUCCCAGGUGUCUCUACCGUACUCACCUGCCUGGCCUCGACUGAGGAGCCACGGUCCUGCUUUGGGCUCAGAUGUAAGCCGGGAACCCCUGUAUGCUCUGGGCAGCAUGGCCUUCAGUGCUCUGGGAGCUGCCACUCAGACUGCCAUUGCUGUGGGCAUCUCACUGCUGACUUUGACUGCUCUGCUGCUAGUCGCCAUGAUCUACAGUCGACAUCACCAACGGGACAAAGAGGCUGAUGGGGCUGAAAAGGAGGAGAGCAUCUUGUAUGUGAAUGACUACUCUGAUGGCCCCACUACCUUCGCCCAGCUGGAGGAGUAUCGUGAUGAGCGUGGCCAUGAAAUGUAUGUCCUCAACAGGGCCAAGCCUGUGCUUCCUCCUGCUCCGCCAACAGCUGUGUCCACCACUAACCUGGGCUGUUCAGCACCAUCCGAUACCUCCAGCCACACCCUCUCCUCGGGCCCUGGCCAGACCAUGAGCCCCACCCUGGCCCCUGAUAAGCAGCAGCAGCAGGAUGGUGACAUACGGACCAUGAGGAGAAUGGCAGGGGAAGGAGGGGAGGCAGAGCCCGUGAUCACAUUAGAGGCAGAAGGAAUGUUUCUCAACCACACAGGCCUCUUCAUAGACUCUCCCAUUGCUUAUGAGAUUCACUGCUAAAGGAAGAAAGCAAUCCUGGAAGACAGAGCAAAAUAUGUGUGUGACCCAGUGGUUUACAGCUCAGCCUUUCUUGUUUAUGGACUAACAGGAGGCCAUUAUUGGGAUGUACCAAAAAAGGCACAGAAGUACUUUUCUGUGUGAAAGGAUUUUCCUUCUGCAAAACUACACUGACAAAUGUUAACGGAGUCAAUUCCAGUACAAAGCAGAGCUCAAACUCUGUCUGACCUCUAAAACACAGACAUACUGUGAUGUUGUUUGCCAAAAAAGCGAGUAGGUGAGUGACUCGGUGGUCAGUCAGAGGCUCCUAUACUCCAAGACAUUAACUACAGCUUCACUGUCCUGCACAUGAUUAACUUUUACACAUUUUAGCAUUACUGGUGUGCUAACAUCUGCCCUGUCAAGACCUCAGAGCUCACUGGGAGGCUGAGUACAGGAAAGAGAGAAAUCAUGGCCCCCUCCGGUUCAUGAAUAUGUGGGAAAUCUGUGUUAUAUAGCCUAACUGCUGUCAGUGUCUGGAAGUUUUAAUUUAAUCCCAGGGUAGAAAUACAGUGCAUUUUGUAAUUAUAUAACUGUGUAGAAAAAGGUCAGUCUGAGUUUUAUUCUCAUUCCCUCUCAUCAUCAUUUUACUCAUCUGUGUUGCUUAGUGUCCUAACAGACACAAAAAAUGAAUCGCUCCUCUCUGUAGUAUGAACUGAGCUCAGUUUACCCCAACUCUUUUGGAUUUAUCCGUCUUUAUUGAUACUAGCAUGUGCGGUUGGGAAUGAAUCUGAGUUGCUGCUGAGUUUUCCAGUCCACACGGAGGCAGAGUUCUUAGCUGAGCAAAAAACAUCAGCUAUACGAUACGUAUUUGACUGCUUCUGAAUGAACGAGCUGCUGUGAUUGAGAAAUAAAGUUUUCAAAGCAGAAAGAGACAAGGCUCGAAAAAACAAGAAAUGAAGCUACCUGACUGAAUGUUUUUGCUUUUAAAUGAUCACGUGUGAAUUAUUGUUGCCUUUAUAAACUGAGAGAAUCUUUUGUCUCUUUUCUCCUGUUCCUUUGAUCUGUUUUUAUUCUAAACAUGUAGUCUAGCUCUUUACAAUGAUUAGAACACAGCUACACAUUAUUUUCGUGGUAUACUUUGAAACUAACCACAUACUCGGGGCAUGCUUUCAUUAUCUGAAUUGACUCACAGUUCGGGUUAAAUGACAUACACUCACCGUGACAUGGAUUUCAUGGUAAUUUGGGGCUUUGAAUUCUUUGAGCGGUUCGUUGCGCGUGGUGGAACGAUUGUACAACACACAUCUUUUAAAAACAGAAAUCAUUUACAUUUUGUAGUAAGCGAUGUUGGAAGUCCUAAAGUGUCUUUUACUUAACAAAGCCAAAGCCUAUUUUCGUUAGUGAUCAUGACAAACAACAACAACUAGUUUCUUUUUGCCAUCAUAAAAAUGUUUUUUUUAAAGAACCAGUAUUUAAAACAAUGGGGAAGUCUGAGGAAUUCAGUGAAGAUUUGAGGAGAAUUUAUAUUUACACAAGUUAGACCCAUUUUUAAACAACUACACAUUCCAAGGUCAUCAUUUCAAACAUUUGUACAUAAGUAGAAGUUAUUCAGAUGUGUCACCACUUUGCGAGGAAAAAAGCCCAAACUGUCACCUUCAGAUGACAGGAAAUUCCACAAAGUCCACAAAUAAUCAACAGAUUGGCGUCCUGUCCUGAAUCACAUAUUGAUGCUUAUUAGAAGAAUGGGAACAUUUUUUGCAGUUUACAGGGAACAGUCCAGUCAAGGAAUAAAGUUGCAUCUCAGAAUAAUCAAGGAUGGACAGAUUUAAACACUACUGAAACAUUUUAGACCCUCCUACCUGCACACUGAGAACCAAGGGAUCUUUCAGGAAGAGUGAUAUGUUUGUAGAAAAACCUACCAUGGCAAUGUAUCCCAGUAAGAACAGACAGAUCUUUGCAAUGUAGAAAACCCAGCUGCACAAUGUAAAUCACCUGGUUACUAUAGCAAUCCGCACAGUCUUGGUUUAUGAUACAUGGCCCUUGUGUAAGUCCACAGAAAUGUGGACAGUUAUGAAAAGUGCGAUUCAAUUCCAAUUGAAUUUUAUUCAAUAAAAUUGUAUUUAUUUAGCACCAGAUCACAACAACCACAAGGUGCUUUAUAUUGUAAGGUAAAGAUCCCACAAUAAUACAAAGAAAACUCAAAAAUCCAAUUACUGAUUUC